UGUACAGGUAGUUUAGACCAUGACAGGCAUCGCCGCUGCCUCCUUCUUCUCUAACAUUUGUAGGUUCGGUGGUUGCGGACUCCACUUCGAUUCGUUGGCCGAACUCAUCGUGCACAUUGAGGAUAACCACAUCGACACAGAUCCUCGUCAGUUGGAGAAGCAGGAGCAGCAGCAGCCCACAUAUGUUGCCCUCAGCUACAUCAACAGGUUUAUGACAGAGGCAGCGCGUCGGGAGCAGCCUGAGAGGCUGAAGAGGAAGGUGCACCCAAAGCUGUCUCAGUCUCUGACGGGCAGUCUGCCUCGUAGCAGUAACGUCUCCACUCCUCCCAGACGCAGCAGUGGGAACCUCACCCCGCCUGUCACUCCUCCCAUCACACCCUCCUCCUCCUUCCGUAGCAGCACUCCUACAGGCAGUGAGUAUGAUGAAGAGGAGGUGGACUAUGAGGAGUCAGACAGUGGUGAGUCCUGGACCACAGAGAGUGCCAUCAGCUCAGAGUCUAUCCUCAGCUCCAUGUGUAUGAAUGGAGGAGAGGAGAAACCCUUCGCCUGCCCUGUGCCUGGCUGCAAGAAGAGAUACAAGAAUGUGAACGGGAUCAAGUACCACGCCAAGAACGGCCACCGGACACAGAUCCGCGUCCGCAAGCCUUUCAAGUGCCGCUGUGGGAAGAGCUACAAGACGUCCCAGGGCCUGAGGCACCACACCAUCAACUUCCACCCGCCCGUCUCCACCCACAUCCACAAGAUGCAGCAGUAGCACUGUCCCCACAGAAAUAGAAUCCCUUGAACAUCAUCCUGUUCUAGUGAUUCUGUUUCUAUGUUUCCAUUCCACACACACACUUUCCUUCUUCUUCCAGUACACUACUCUUUUAUUGCAUGCUUUAAAAUUACCUUAUUUGUAUUUUUUUUUUUAUACAUUUUUUGGAAUGUAUUUUCUUGACAGCUGUGUACUUUUUCACAUUUGAUAACGUUUUUGGCACAUAGGACUUGCUGUUAAGAUGAUGAUGCGUUUGAAAGCGAGCGUAUUGCCACGUUCAAAACACCUCGGAACUCUCCGACUUCAGUGCAGGGAUCUUUUUUCUUUUUUUUGUGACUGGGAAUUCCGAACGGUCAUCCAACUCGGAAUUCCAAGUCGGAAACUCUGGCAUCUUUCUAGAGCUCUGACUUUCCGACCUGAAAAUCACUGACGACCUGUUUUUCCCCCCGCGAGUUCCCAAUUGUCUUGAAAGCACCAUGAGUCAAGGUUCACAGCCAUGCUUCUGGGCUGUGUUCGGCAGAGCAAAACCCGGUGGAACAUUUACAUACAGAUAUGUUGUGUACAUUGCAACCUAAUGAAUUUGACUCGAGUGUUCAGGUAAUGCUGUGUUUGAAAAGGGGCAUGGGAGUGGUGAGGCCAGGGGAGAAAGCAAGCAUCACCACCACACCAUCACAAAACGGAGGCAAGAAAAUCUGAAUGUUUGUAAAAGAUGACGAUAUAUUCCUGAAGGAUGUAUAGACUUUCAUAAUCAGGUGUAAAAUAGUAUUCCCUUUAUAUUUUUCUUGCCAUGUUCUGAAAGUGUAGUUUUAUGAUUCACUUUGCUAGGAUUUUCACUCAACUUGUUUUGUGUUUUAGAACUAAAAGACUCUCAGGUGACAAUUCGCCACAAGCAUUUCAGCACCACAAUCCUGCCCAUGUGUUCUGAUAGGUGCGUCCCAAACGGCGCCCUGGUCAAACAAAAGUAGUGCACUAUAUAGGGAGCCAUUUGGGAAACACACAGUA